AAUACUUAUUUCCCCCACAGUAUAGUAUUAAGUUAAAUUUUUUUGUAUGUUUAAAUUGUAAUAUCAUUUAAUGGUGAAAACAUUCUCUUUUUUUUAACCCAUGUACCACAGAGCUGUUCAAGACCGAUUUCACUAAAGGCUCGUGGAUUUUAUUUAAAGACAGUAAUGGCAACGAAGCCCAAGAGAUUGGGACACUGAAAAGAACAGUUAACCCGUUUGUUAGUCAAGAGAAAGACAUCCCUGAUGCUGUUAAGUUGUUCAAAGCACUUAGUAAGUCUGAAACCGCCAGCUAUUUUAUGUCCAUGACAAUGCUGUUGAGGAGGCUGAAAAAUAAAUGCCAGGGAACAUCUCUGCAAUUCCAGUGACCAUGAGGCACCACUCAUAUCGUUUGUCCAUAUUUGGUUCUGCAUACUGUCGCGACGGACCGACAGCCGGCGCGCAGGAGAAGAAAGGCGCUCCUUCCCCAACUGCCGCACCGGCACGAAGCGGACAGCCUCGUGCCAAACACACCAGCGGCCGGAAGGACCGGCACGGCGGGGCGGGACCGCUGACACUACGCCGGCCGGCGAUUGGGGAGUCAGGCGGGAAAAGUCCACCAAUCAGGCGACAGAGGAGGAGGAUAAAAGGGCGCGCUUCCGGCCAUACGGGAAGAGGAAGACCGACGGUGAACGAACAGAAUCCGUGCGUGCUCUUCAGCAGCCUACAGACGUGCCAGCGCGGAGCACACCGGUGCAGCUCUGACUACAUUUCCUACAUUUCUCAAAGUCUUACUACGCCGUCUGACAGUUCAGCUGAGCUCUUCGGAUUAAGCGGAAAGGCGACCAAACAACGUUAUUUAUCCUCCUACUGGUUUAAAAAGAAAAAGAUGCGCGAGACGCCGUGGUCCAGGUUGAUUAUCUUCAUCACAUGUCUAAUGAAAGUCGCAGAAAUCCAAGCACAAUGUGAGAGACCUAAUGGGGAAAACAUGGUUAUGAUCAGUGACUUGGGCCAGCAGACAUUCCUAAAUGGAUCCACUGUAAAGUUCCAGUGUUCUACUGGCUAUCGGCCUGUGGAUUUAUCAGUUCCCCGUACAAUCACCUGUGUUGGGACCGAGUGGACCAAACUGGAACUUAAUUGCACAAAAAAGACCUGUGGAUCUCUUCCUGAUUUUCCCAAUGGGAAGUAUACUUAUCCAAAUGGAAUUCUGUUUGGUGCGACAGCCGUCGCACAAUGUGAUGAAGGAUAUUUGCUUGUUGGAGAAAAAAAUAGAAAUUGUCGUGACGAUGGAUGGGAUGGGAGACAGCCUGUGUGUGAAGUGGUGAAAUGUCCACCACCUCUCGCUAUACAGAGUGGAACGUUUGAGCCCGUGGACGAAUCCUAUGAGUAUAAUCAAGCAGUCACAUACUCUUGUACUGGAAGUUACACUCUUAUUGGAGAAUCAAUUGUAACCUGUUCUGAUGAUGGAACCUUUCGUCCUUCUCCUCCAAAGUGUUUAUUGGUAGAGUGUGAGACACCUAACAUUAAAAACGCUGUUCGAAUUGAUGGAAAAUCACCACCCUACGGAUAUAAAAAUUUCGUCGAAUACAAAUGUAAUGAAGGGUACAUAAUGAAUGGAACUGGUCGCCUGGUCUGUGAAGAAAACGGAUGGAAUCCACCUCCCCCCGAGUGCAUCUCACAAUGUGAGAGACCUAAUGUUGGGGAAAACAUGGUUAUGAUCAGUGACUUGGGCCAGCAGACAUUCCUAAAUGGAUCCACUGUAAAGUUCCAGUGUUCUACUGGCUAUCGGCCUGUAGAUUCAUCAGUUCCCCAUACAAUCACCUGUGUUGGGACCGAGUGGACCAAUCUGGAACUUAAGUGCACAAAAAAGACCUGUGGAUCUCUUCCUGAUUUUCCCAAUGGGAAGUAUACUUAUCCAAAUGGAAUUCUGUUUGGUGCGACAGCCGUCGCACAAUGUGAUGAAGGAUAUUUGCUUGUUGGAGAAAAAAAUAGAAAUUGUCGUGACGAUGGAUGGGAUGGGAGACAGCCUGUGUGUGAAGUGGUGAAAUGUCCACCACCUCUCGCUAUACAGAGUGGAACGUUUGAGCCCGUGGACGAAUCCUAUGAGUAUAAUCAAGCAGUCACAUACUCUUGUACUGGAAGUUACACUCUUAUUGGAGAAUCAAUUGUAACCUGUUCUGAUGAUGGAACCUUUCGUCCUUCUCCUCCAAAGUGUUUAUUGGUAGAGUGUGAGACACCUAACAUUAAAAACGCUGUUCGAGUUGAAGGAAAAUCACCACCCUACGGAUAUAAAAAUGUCGUCCGAUACGAAUGUAAUGAAGGGCACAUAAUGAAUGGAACUGGUCGCCUGGUCUGUGAAGAAAACGGAUGGAAUCCACCUCCCCCCGAGUGCAUCCUUGAUCGAAUUCAAGGUCCAACCACUACAUCUCCACCAUCAGACAGCAACCGUGUGAAGCCCAGCAUAAUAACAAUAGCUGCUGUUGUAUCCAUUGUUGUCCUUCUAGGACCAAAGAACUAUCAUUUGGACUGGGGUGUGACCUCAUUUCCUCAGAAGGGUUUCCAGUUGUUCACGCCUAACCUAGUGGUAACUUACAGGUCCAGUAGCGCUAAACUAAAAGGAACUGAAGAAGUCGAGGUGAACACUAUGACGGAGACACCGAGCUACAGUCUGAUCAUCCUCCUCAUGUGUCUCAUGAAGGUUGGAGAAAUCCAAGCACAAUGUAGCAGACCCAGCGUUGGGGGAAACAGGGUUCUCACUGAAGAAUCAGACCUAGAUAGUUUCCCUGAUGGAGCUACUGCAACAUUCAAAUGUGCCACUGGUUAUAGAACGGUGUCAGGAAGUCCCAAGAUCACCUGCAAAGGACAACAGUGGACCAAUCUAGAUCUUCAGUGCAAUAAAAAGUCCUGUGGGAGUUUGCCUGACGUGUCCAAUGGAAGGUAUUUGACUCCAGAUGGAAUUGAGUAUGGUGCAACAGCUACUGUACAAUGUAAUAAAGGAUAUAUGAAUACCGUAGCAUCUAAUACUAGAAAUUGUAGAGAAGAUGGUUGGGAUGGGAGAAACGCAGUGUGUGAAGCGGUGAAAUGUUUAAAACCUCUCGCUAUACCGAAUGGAAUGUUUCAGCCCGAGGAAGACUCCUAUGAGUAUAACCAAGUAGUCACCUACUCUUGUAAUGGAGAUUACACUCUUAUUGGAUCAGCAGAAAUAUCCUGUAUUGAAAAUGGAACCUUUCAUCCUUCUCCUCCUCAAUGUUUAUUAAUCAAGUGUGAUGCACCUAAAGUUGAUAAUGCAGUUAGAAUUGAAGGCAAAUCACCACCCUACGGUUAUAAUAAUUUUCUCCGGUACGAGUGUAAAGAAGGCUACAGAAUGAAAGGGUCAGACUACCUGAAAUGUGACGUAAAUGGAUGGAAUCCUCCUCCCCCAGUGUGCAUUGAUGCAACCUCAAAUCCAACCUCAGAUACAAACUCGGACCGAGGCGCAGAUAGCACCCUUGCACCCCCGUUGAAUAACCGCCCUCGGAACAUCGGGAUUGGGGUUGGGGUUGUGGCUGCCAUUCUGGCGAUCGGUGGAUGCAUAUUGUAUUUCCUGAAGAAACGCACUGGUUGGGGAAAGGUGCCUACUAGACACGAAGGGGGCGCGUAACACCAUCACUGUCCUGAACUCGGUCCCAGGGAACACUAUUUGACUGAUCCUUGCUGUUGUCCUGCUUCCUAUUGGUGUGUAUGUUUUCCUACAGAGCUGAUGGACAUCUAGGAAUGAACAGAGCUCCUGUUACAUCAUUUCUUUUUGGAG